AUGUUAUCAGCCCGCAGCAGCGUCUUUGAAGCCGCAAGCCGAACACGCGAGGAAAAUCCCUGGCUGCAGAGUUUCCAAUACUACGUCGACAAACUGCGCCAGGUGCAGACCACAUACAAGGUCUCGCUAAACGGGGACCCUCCCGACCUCGGGCACGCACGGCACAUCUGGCUGCUCUGGGACUAUGAUCGCAUCUGGGGCAUGUUCCAUUUCGGAGCUUCGAUGGGUGUGAUGCUUGUUGAUCCUGGUCCCACACUGCCGGUGAGCGAUGAUGAGCCGGGGCGCCGUCUUCCGUUUGCCUGGCGUGCAGUUGACGCGUGUUACCCGCAUAAGGUGCACUCGGACCCCGAGCGCAAUAAGGGCAUGAUUGUUAUUGAUGUGCUGGAGGGGACGCUGGAGGGGUAUUUCGAUUUCAUGAACGGUCGGGGAGAUGGUGGGGUAGAGGGUCGCUGUGGGUUUCGCGCGAGGCAGCAUCGUGGACCCUCGGUUGUUCCUUAUUCUUUGGAAGAUGUUGUGCGUGAUUGGAAUCGGUACGGGAGGGGAGUGGCAGAGGAGGAGAUGAUUCGUCAGGAGUUGGAUGAGGAUGAGUUGGAGGAAUAUGAGCGGAGAAGAGAGGGCAGGCCUUCACUCAAGAGGAAACGGGACGACGAUGAGGACGAUGGCACCAGCGGUGAGUGGAAUGACGGUGAAAGUGACCAGGAAGGGACGGGAAGGGAAGAAUAUGGGGAGGAAAACGAGGGCUUUGAAGCUGAGAGCGAUGACCCAGACGACGGUGAAAGUGAUCAGGAAGAGACGGAAAGAGAAGAAUAUGGGGAGAAAAACGAGGGCCUUGAAUCUGGGAGCGAUGACCGGGACGAGGAUGAAAGUGACCAGGAGGAGACGGGGAGCGAUGGCGACAGGGAUAGUCAAGAUGAUGAGGCUGCGAGCGGCGAUUGGGAAAGCGAUUAA